CCCCAACGCCGUCGUCGUCGUGUCUCCGCUCCAGAGUGAUCGAGCACACUGACCUGGCUCUGGCCUGCCCCCCGAGCCUCAGCUCGUGAGCCAGAGCGCCUCGCCAUGGCCAUGGUGCAGCCGGCGGACGCGACCGUCAAGGCCAACGAGAUCCUGGCGCGGUUCCGGCCCAUCGCGCCCAAGCCCACACUGGCGGCCGAGGGCGUGGUGGCCGCGAACCGCGUGCUGUGCCAUCUGCAGGGCAGGCCGUGCCGCGCGCGGAAACGCGGCCGCCCCGGCCCCGCCGUCGUGGCGCCGUCGCCCGAGUCGGGCUUACAGCCGCCCGCCAAGCGGAAGAGAGCCACGACGCCGUACCCGCCUCUCCGGUGCACGGGGCCGCGUGCGUCCGCGGCCGUCCCGGGCAGUGCAGGCCUCCCUCUGGCGUCGGCGUCGCUCCCGCCGGCGGGUGCGGGUGCUGCCGAGGACCUCGCGAAGGUGGCGGCGGAGGGGAGGCACGUCCCCGUGGAGCGCGACCUGCUGCGGAAGCUGCUGGAGCCCAAGGUCAUCUCGCCGCGGGCGGUGCGCCCCGUGUGCUCCGCCAUCCACGUCGGGUGCAUCCACCGCGCCGACGCGACCUGCGCCGCCGCCGUCUCGAAGACAGCGGUUCGUGUGGAGGCGGAGCUGGAGGUCGACGCGCUCCCGGCGGUUGUCUCCGACGCCAGCAACCGCGUCCGGCUCGUGAACGACGCGUACAAGGAGAUGGUGGGGCAGCCCGAGUGCCCGUGGCUCGACGCCGUGGCUGCCACGUCGAGGAGGAUCAGCGGGGAGGUCGCGCUGGUGGUAGCCAACCAGUCCUCCCUGCCAGAGUCGUACGGGGUGUUCACAUGCACGGCAAAGAUCGAGUGGGAGGACGACGGGAAGGUCGCCUCCAUCGAUGUACCCUGCGACGUCAGCCGGCUGCAGUGCGAGUCCAGAGAGUACCUCUUCGUCUGGAGGUUCCGUACCGCCGACGCCGACGCCGACGCAUCCGUUGGCUGCAGCUCCGAGGAGAUUAGUGAGAGUUAGGGGAAGCUUGCUUGAGCUGCAUCCUGUGCGCGCUGCAGUGAAACCAGGUGCAUAGGCUAAGCAAGCUGCAUCUCAAAAACUGGCCAGCUUCCUCUUUCGCCUAGUCCAUAGAGUGUAGACCCAGUUCUGAAAUCUGGAGUAAAUAUAAGAUCUCGACUGGAGAAUGCAAAUGGAAAAUUGGAAAUAUAACAUGUACUUUUUCA